GGCUGCCUACAAACGAACUCAUUACCUCUGAGUGACCAUUGUCAAUUAUAAGACAAAAACUCCCACUGUUUAUAAAGGUCUGUAAGUACGUGCGCGCACGCAGAGCGCAUCUCCUCUCAAAACGCACUACCUGUGUCUGUGGCUUAUUCUAAACUACUGAGGACUUUACAACUGAAUCUGCGAUAGCUACCAUGGCAUCAAAACUCUUUAAGUGUUUGGUGGUAGUGUUUGGAUGCGCGUGCGCUGGCGCUGCUCCUGCCAACGAAGGAUUGGAGAAGGCUGAUGUGCAACCAGAACACGAAAAGGACGACUUGCAAGCGGCGAGUUCUUCAUACUAUGUAAGCAGUGGUUACCCAAGCAGCUACACCGGCUAUGGAGGCGUGACGGGUUAUGGCUUCGUCGAUGACAAAUACAACUCUUAUGACAAUAUUUACGGCUCUAAUGGCUACGGUAGUGGCGGUUACGGGGGAUACAAAGGCUACAGAGGUUACGGCGGUGGAUACGGCCUAAGUGGCUACGGCAGUACUGGCGGAUACAGCGGUUAUAGCAGAUACGGCGGGAACGGCGGUUAUGGCGGUUACGGUGGUUACGGCGGAUACGGCGGUUACGGCGGCAACGGCGGAUACGGCGGUUACGGCGGCAACGGAGGACUAAACUCCUACUACGGUUACGAUAACCCUGGCUAUCAAAGCGGACUCCACCUUGGUUACGGAUAUUAUGAUAGGAAACCUUAUGGCAAUAUUUACAACAGUGGAAUCACCCCCAGUUUAGUCACAGGCUAUAGAGGUUAUUCUAGGAGAUAAUUUGUUAAAUUUACCAUUCGCAGUAAGGAUUCUAUGAUUGAUAUAGAUAAUGUAAUGUACUCGUAUUCUUUAGUUUAUAUGCUAACCAAAGUACCUUCCAAAGUUACCUUAAGUAAUCAAAAAGUAUAAUAGUAAAGUACAUACAAGAAUUUUAAUAAACCCCUUAUGACUUGCUUUGAGGUUUUUUUGUACCUUCGUAAUA